AUGUCUCUCUCCUCCACACUCGACUGGCCCAUCCAAUUUUGCGUCUUUACGACUGCAGCAACGUACAUUGUGUCCGUUAUUACAAGCAACGUCUCUCAAGUAGACCGUUUGUGGACCUUUCUUCCAACGAUAUAUACCGCCUACUAUGCCCUGCUUCCCCUCUUCCCGGCUCAUCAACCUUUCCUUCUCGUUCCAUACAAUUUCCUCGGUUCGACAGAUUACAACCCAAGAGCGCUCUUGAUGUUCGCUCUCGUCUUCCUUUGGAUGUGUAGACUAAGCUACAAUACACAACGGCGUGGUUUAUUCAACCCGAAAGACGAAGACUAUCGCUGGGCAGUUCUUCGCAAGCAACUACCGCCCUGGUUAUUCCAAAUCGUCAACCUCACGUUCAUCUCCGCCAUUCAGAACGUUUUGCUUUUGCUCUUGGGACUUCCUACCCGCACAGUAGCGCUCUCCCAGCCACGUUCAUCGCUUGAGACGUCCGAUUACGCUCUGGCUUCCUUGGCUCUGCUCGUCCUACUCUUGGAAUUUACUGCAGACAAUCAACAGUAUGCGUAUCAGACUUACAAACAUGCCUUCUUGGCCAAAGAGAAGGGUGCCACCGACGUCAAAGCGUACGACGAGUCAAAGCAGUGGAUUGGGGCACGUCUUUCUUGGACUCCUGAUGAUGCGCGCAGAGGUUUCAUUACCAGAGGCCUUUGGCGCUACUCAAGGCAUCCCAACUUUGCUUGCGAACAAUCCUUCUGGUGGAUCAUUACAUUCUUUCCCCUAGUUGCUUCUGUCCCUCCAAAUUUACCAACCCAUUCCGACUUUCCCCCUCUUCGCAUCAUUAUCCAUGCCCUCCAAUUCCGAGAUCUCCAUCAACCACUUCUAAAUGGACUGCGCGCAAUUCUUCUGGACGCUGGAAUCAAUCUUCUUCCCGGUGCUGCUCUAUCGCUUUUGUUCUUUUCAUCCACGUUGUACACAGAGGCAAUUACCAGCAGCAAAUACCCCAUCGCGUAUAAAGCGUAUCAGAAACGAGUUGGUAUGUUUGGGCCAGCUAUGACUGCAAUCAAGGCGAUCGCUAUAAAGUUUUCUGGGAAGGAGCGGGACGUGGAUAGGCUGGUUUGGGGUGAUUCGCAGCAGAGUAAGAAAGAGUGA